AUGAGGGAAGUUAGAGCGCGUGCAGCGCAGGCGUGGGUUGCAUUCAACUCUCGAAAGCAGAAAAUAUUUUCCUCACCGAAGGUCGGACCCCAAGAGAAGGCACAGCUCUUUGACAGCCUUGUCGCCUCGACUCUUUUCUACGGGUCCGGCACCUGGCCGGAUCCGUCACCGGAGUGCGUCCGCAAGCUCAAUGGAACUCUGCGGGGAAUGGCCAGCCAGAUGCUCCGACCGGCCUAUGACUGUGCCCAGGCAUGGAAGCUUGGCACAGCAAGCACCCUUGCCCUGGCCAGAAUCCCAACUGCCACGACGUACCUCCACGUCCACAGGCUUCGUUACCUCCUCUCCUGCAUUGUGCUGCCAGUCCCUGAACUGUGGGCCCUCGCCCACUGGGAGGGCACUUGGAUGCGCUGUGCCGCGGAGUCCGUCCAGUGGCUUUGGGAACGGGCCGACCCCGAGCGCCGGCAUCCGAAUUGGACCUCCGCCUGGGAAGAGUGGCGCGAGGAGGCUAAGCAACACCCGGGCAGGUGGAAGGCGCGCGUCCGUAGGGCGCAGAAAUGCGCCGUUGCGCAGGAGAAAUGGCAGGCUGAGCUGCAGCGGCACGAAGGGAUGCUACUGCGCCAGCUCCAGCACGUCGGGGCGGUUGUCUCCGCCCAAACGGACUACGGGGAGGAAACGAGAGAGUGCUGCGCAGUGUGCCACAAGCGCUUCAAGGACUACCGGGCGUGGUCUGUCCACGCCUUUUCUACCCACGGGCGCACGGAUGAGAUGAGGCGCUUGGCCCCUGGCACGCAGUGUCCUGCAUGCCUCAAGCACUUCACCUCCGCGGCUAAACUCAGCCGCCACCUCGGCUACAGCCGUGAGUGCCGUAGUCGGCUGUUGUCUACUAGUGCCCGACAUAUCCCCGAGCCAGGGGUAGGCAGCAGGAAGGCUCCGGAUGACGGGGUAGCCUUGAUGCCUGUGCUACAAGCUUCCGGGCCCCGUCAGGGACCUCUGCAUUUCGUUGUCGAGGAGGAAUCUGCUAGGCCUUCUGCAGAGGUACUGGAUUGUCUCCUGCACAUCGACCACGAUGGAGGUAUCGCCAGCUCCGAUGAGAACGAGCUUUGGGAACGCCUGCGAACAGCCUUCUCCUGCGUGUGCCUACAGGCCGCUCGACUGCAGGUUACUGCCCGGUGUUGGCAGCGUCUCAUUUCGGAUCCGCACCAGUCCGUCUCUGCCUGCACACUUGACACCUUGCGUGGGGCCGCCAACUGGCUCUGUUGCCAUGACCUCGUUUCGUGGCUUGUUCCGGAUGCAGAUGAUAGCCUCCCUGUCACCGACACCUACCGGCUCAGUGGACUCUACCUUGACUCCCUCACCCUCACCGGUGUCAGGUGGCCUGUACCUGUCGCUGCUUCCCUUGAUACAAUCUGGGUUCAGGUUGGCACGUUCCCUCAGACCUCCUCCCUCAUGUCACUGGGGACAGAUGGCUCCGUUACCAGCACGGUGAGGCCCUUGCGGACUGUGCAGCCGACGUUGUGGUUGACUAUCUUGCCCAUGCAGACCCCGAGUGCUGCUAUUGCUUGUCAACACUUGGCCUUCCUUUUGAAUCCCAGAACGACCCACCUCGGGAUUCCAGUUCCUGUGAGGCCAUGCUACCUGGUUUUGCAUUGGCAUGGGACAUUGUUCGAGCCUCUGUUGACCACUGGACACGGGGCAUACCUUCCAGAUUGGUUCUUCCUGAUCCAGUCCCCUCUGCGGCACAGACCUUACUCCGGUCUCCUGGACUUCUGGUGCAUCAGUCUUCAGGUUUCAGCAGUAGCCUUCAGCGACAUCAAACAUCUGUGCAAUUCGUGUCCACCCCCACAUGCAGCCAUGGACAGCACUGUUCGAGUCAGGGACUUUGCUUUAGCCGGCAUCUUGGUCCAGCUCAUGUACAAAGAAGUUCAAGUAGCGGAGGAGCUGUCAGCAAUAUCUCGUGGGGUCCUGGGUUGCAAUCUUGCCGGUGCUUUCCAGGUGGCCGCUGGGGCUGGGCUUGCACUUGCGGCGCUGCUGGUAGAGCGCCGCUUGCGUCAGCGGCAGAAGGCAUGCGGCCAAGAGUGGCCCACAUGCAGAGCAGGAUGGCUCCAGGAGCCGGCAAGUCCGGUGGGCAGACCUCGGAUUGCAGUUGUGGCCACUGGCAGCGUAGCAUCGGUGAAGAUCCCGGAGCUCGUGGAGAAGCUGAGUGAAAUUGCAGAAGUCACGGUGGUCCUUACAGCACCAGCCGAGGUGAUGACCAGUCAGGAGGUAGCCGGGCGAUACGCGCCUGAACGCUAUCGUGCAUGGGAGGCCCUGCAGCGCAGCGGGGUUCAUGUCUUGCGUGACAUCGACGAGUGGGAUGGCUACGAGGACGUCUCUUCGGAUUCUGUGGUUCACAUCGAGCUCCGGAGAUGGGCCGACGUAGCGCUGGUGGCGCCAUGCUCUGCAAACACCCUGGCAAAGCUGGCCUUGGGGCUCUGUGACAACUUGGCGACCUCCUUCUUACGAGCGUGGGAUCCUGAGAAGCCGCUCAUUAUCGCACCUGCCAUGAACACUUUGAUGUGGGAGCAUCCGAGCACUGCCCAGCACUUAAACACUCUCCAAGCCCGUGGCUCCAUCAUCAUCCCGCCGAUCAGCAAGAAGCUGGCAUGUGGCGAUGUGGGCCGGGGAGCCUUGGCUUCGGUCUCCGACAUCCUCCAGGCGGCGAAGGAGGCCUUCGAAGGGGCGGCCACCCGCCGUACGAGCUCCGGCAUAGGAUCCUGGCGAUUCCAUGGGUUUGAGGAGUGGCGGCCAGCCAAAGACGCCUGA